ACCUUAACUUACACUUCUUUUCGCGUCAUUAAAAUACUUAAACAGGAUCCUCCUUUUAUGAACUUGAUAAAUUCGUCCGAGUUAUAUGGAAACAAUAGAUUUGAAGGAAUAGUAAAAGAUUUAUUGGUAGAAUUAAGUAAAAUGCUGCAGUUUACAUAUAAAUUGUCUCUUACUGAAGACAGAAAUUAUGGUAGUGUCAAUGAAACUACAAAUCAAUGGACUGGAAUGGUUAAAAAGAUAAUUGACCAGAAAGCUGAUAUUGCUGCUGGCGCAUUCUCUAUUACCGCUAGUCGCUCUCAUGUCAUUGAUUUUACUAAACCAUUUCUAGAUCAGGGUGUAACUAUGCUAGUCGCCAAGCCUAAGUCACUUCCACCGUCAAUAUUUCAAUGCUUUGCUCCAUUUACACUUAAUGUAUGGCUGCUUAUUGCUGGUUCGUUUAUAUUUACUGGAGUUAUCUUCUAUGCUACGGGUUAUCUGAGCCCAUUCGAUUUAUAUGGAUCAGCAGUUCAUACCAUUUACUCAACUAAUUUGGGCAAUUCAGUGUGGAAUAUUAUAUCUUCAUUUCUUCAACAAGGACAUAACAAAUCACCAAACGCUCUGUCUGGUCGUAUCAUAACCGGAUUUUGGUGGUUAGCAUCAUGUAUUAUUAUUGCUACUUACACUGCCAACUUGGCUGCUUUUUUGACUAUUGAUCGCCUAAAUUCAGCCGUCGAUUCUAUUCAAAAACUUGCAACUCAAAAUAAAAUAAAGUAUGGAACUGUUCAAGGAAGCAGCGUUGACAAUUUCUUUCACAAAACUGGUCUUAGUCCUUAUUAUGAAAUGGCUCCGUAUAUGGCCAAUGUUCCCACUACUCAACAAGGCGUCCAAAAGGCUAAAGAAGGCAAUUACGCUUUUCUAUGGGACGCAGCUUUGUUAAACUAUUAUAAGAAUAUACAUUGCGAUGUUAUGACCGUUGGUGGUGAAUUCCAUAAAGAUGGCUACGGACUAGGGCUGAGAAAAGGAUCACCCUAUACGCAAGAGUUUAGCGUAGCUAUUUUAAAAUUAAGGCAAAAUGGUUUCAUUGAAAAUAGAAUAAAAAAAUGGUAA